AGAGAAACUGAGUCUAGGUAUGGUAAUUUUGACAGAAGCCUUUCUCUUUACACCAGGUUCGUUGGAGAAAAUCCCUUUGUCUAGACUGGUACAUGCUUCAGAAUUCGCAAUCUACACAUCUCAACCGUGGGGCAAGCAUGCAUAUAGGGUUCUUGCUACAAGCAUCCAACGGAUAAAUGAGAAUACUUGGGCAAGAGGCACAUAUGAAGUAAAGGGAUUUGCAAUGGCGAUACUACUAUGGGCCUUCAGCGCAGUUCCAUCUUUGGGCUCAGCGUUUGCAACAGAAUGUGUUACAUCGAGAUCUGAGUAUCCUUUGUGUUUGAAAUGGGAAACAACUCAAACACCAAGAUUUUCUCAUGUUGUCGAUGUCGUCAAAAAAAUGAACUCAGUCAAGGUUAAUACAGUGAUUGGAAACCCGUACGAAUAUAGCUAUUUAGUUGCUAGUUCGCAUGAAGACGACAUAGACUUCGAAGAAAUUGUUCGUCUUGUUCAAAAUGGAUACAGACUCAAAGCAACUGAUUGGAGUGCUGGAUUUGUUGAUAUUUUUACUGUAUUACAAGAAAUAGGGGAACAAACAAUGAAUAACAACUUGUCUGACAGCCAGAAACUCGACAAGAUCCUAAAUUUACUUCAAGACUUCAACAGGAGGAUUGCAGUAAUAGAGUAUGUUCUUAAAAGCCGUCUUGAAAAAGAUGAGACUGAGAGAUGCAAAAAAAAAGAGGUAAUUAAAUGGGAUUUUUUUUUUUUUUUUUUUUUUUGUCAGUUACAUGUGUAUAUAGUAUAUAUUAAGAUAUCUGUAUCCUUUUUUCUGCAGUCUGAUAUACAAGAAGAAACAUGUGCCAGAACAGAAGAGGUAUGUGAAUAAUUUUAUUAAAUCCUUUUCAAUCAAAAUUCGGAUAGCUUUUUACAA